UGGCUCUGACAAUUCCAUCUAAAUCGUAGACAAGGCCGGAAAAAUACUUGCGUUUUGUUAUGUAGCUUUCGACUGGUGGAAAAGCCGUUCACACAUAUUUUAAACACCGAUUCCAAACAAAUUCAAAUGUUUUGCCAACAUUUCGUAUUAGAAUAGUAGCACAAAAAAUAAGAAGCGGUCGAGGAAUUUUGCGCGACCCAAGUGUAUCAAAAAACCCUUCUGAUUUCAACGACGACCAGAGUUCUCUAUUUUCUAUGAAAAGCGACGAGUCCAAGAACUAAAAAAAAUAAAGCACAGCAAAUCCCAGAAUCAAAGAGGCCAUUAAAGGAGCAACGCAGUCGGACCAGAUGUGCUAACUAAGAAACCAGGUCCACAACCAUUCCCAGCCAAGUCCCCCAAAGAGAAGCCAUCAGCCUAGUGCGUAAGCUAUCCACAAUCCACAGUAGUUGCCACACCGCAGGACAUGUUGUCCCACCGCUUCAACAUGCAUCCGCAGAGGCGACUGCCCGUCAUCCACGAGGAGAUCGCCAAGCAGUGUGCCCUGAACAUUGUGCGCGUGGCCUCCGCCAUGCCGCAACCGCAGCCCCGCUGCCCAUCCGGUCAUGUGGUCGUGCUCGUGGAGCUGCGCCGGGCGGACGAGCCGACCGUGUACCGCUACCAGGUGAAUGUGCCGCCAACGGGCUGGCCCAGCGAAGAUCUGGAGGAGGGGGAUCAGCGAUGCCAGCAGUUGGUGCUGCCCGGAACCCUGGAAACUCUGGGCCUCAAGCUGCAACAGCCAGAGCAUUUUCCGUGUCCAAUGCAUGGCUGCUCCAUUAUGGAGAUGGGCUGGUCACCGAAAUCGAGCACGGGUCCACCUCCUAUGCUGAUGAUGCAGUCUGCGGUACACGUCAUCGAUGGGCAGAAUAGCCCCACGGACUUUACCACCUUCAGCGAGCCCGUCGUGACUUGUGAGUCACCGGAUAAUAUGAGAGCGCACUUUAUGGCCAGUCUAUACCAGCAGCAACCCAGUCCGCUGAGCUACUCGGACAUCUGGGUGCCAGAAGGUCCACCGGAGGGCCUGCCCAGAAGCGAGACCCUCUCCACGCCCCUUUUUCCACAGCUUUGUCUGGGCGAGAACUACGAGGGUAUGGUCGCCAACAGGAUACGACCAAUCAAUGGUUACCAGGCAGCAUCGAAGCCAAUUGUAAGCAAUCCUCGCCACAUCGCCGAACUGUGCUUGAACAGCAAUGGAGAGUAUGUGCUCAAUGAGCAGCUGCAUCGUCCAUUGAUCAGCUGCCAUCCCAACCCGAUUACUCCCAGUGUCGUGAGAAGGGAGCAACACUACUUCUUCCAACAUCAGAGCCAUCAGGUGGAGUCCUCCCUUAAAGGACUCAACGGCUAUGUGAGCGAUCUAUCCGGCAAUGGUUACAUCAGUCAGGAGUCUGGUAAGCCCAAAAAUGGUUACAUGGAUCAGCCGACCGCCUUUGCAGACCAACGGAUUGCCCUGCACACAAAUCUGGGACAGGGACAGGGGUAUGGACACGCAUCAGUACCCGGAUUUAGACCCAAUCACUUGCAGAGUAGUGUGGCCAUGAUCGAUCCACGCUUGCGUCAGGAAGCAGUGGUGAAACCACAGAAACCAGGUUUGGCACAGGCGUCGGAGGUACCUACAGCAAAUCCCCAGGAGCUGCAGUCGCUCUUCCGCUGGAACUACUGUGCAUUGUGCCACGUGGUCAUACGGUCGGGACGGAAUGCCAUUGACCACUACUCGUCGCGUGCCCAUGAGCGCAGGAUCAGCUCGUGGCUAUUGCGUCAGUGCUACGCAAACCUGGCUGGACAGGAUGCGGACGGGAAUUUGGGCGGCUCCAUCGGCCAAACGGACUUCUACUGCAAGUUGUGCGACCUGAGGCUGACCUCGUUGUCGCACGCACAGCAGCACUUCUUUGGACGCCGCCACCUAAUGGUGGCCCGCCACAGGAUCAGGCCAUAUGGUGAUGGCUUCUACGAUCGGGAGGGCAAUUGGGUGCGCACGGACGCCAAGUAUCCCAUGUGCGAGCUGUGCGACGUGAGCAUCACCUCGGAGUCCCAAAUGGCCAUGCACCUGGCGGGGGCACGUCACCGCAGACGGGUCCAUAUUGCCUAUGCGGGUGGGUCCGCCGGGGACAUGGAAAUGGGCAUGGGUCUGGACCCGAUCGAUGGCACGCACAUGUACCGGAUCAACGGAUCAUCGCUGACCCCAAUAAGGCCCUUGGGUCUGCAGAUGCUCCAUGGCACCCAUCCGCUUCCCCUAAACGAUCCCAGUGCCGCCUUUUACUGCGAGGCAUGCAACAUCACGCUGAACCACCUGAAGUCGGUGAUGCAGCACGAGCAGGGACGCAUGCACCGCCGGAAUAUGCACAGAUUUCCCGGCCAACCGGUCUCCUACGAGUGACCUUUGGGAGUGAGUGGGAGAUAUCUGAUGAAAAGCAAAGUGGAGCCGCAACCGUACUAGUCAACGAGGAAAGUAAGGAAGGUGCCGGGAGGAGGUUUUCAGUACGCGAUCUUUGGAUACCCAAACAAUAAAUAGUAAGAUGUCUGGAGUUCUUACUGGCCCGACCAACUUCCUGCUGCGCUGUGUGUUAUUUGCAAUUUAUUUUUGAUCUAUCUACCUUUUCUAUAUGUUUUCUAGUAGUAUAAUAAAUAUGCCCCACAAAUCUAAAUGCA